AGUUAUAUGACUGUUUAUUAACCAAUGAGAUUUAGUUUGCUGCGCAUAAUAAAUCUUAAAAUGUAAUAAAUGUAUCGAUAAGUAAUUUUUUCAAGUGCGAUCCCUAUAUGUUUGAAAAACUUUUAAAUUUGUUAUGUAAAUAUAUAAAUUUAGGAAAAUCUCUACUAUUACACACAAAGAUAGAAACAAAAGAAUACCUAUAAGAAUACAUAUAAAUUCACUUUUCAAUGACAUCGAUAUUACACCAAAUGCCAAACGAAAUGCAUUUCAGUGAGAACAUGCUAAUUCCACGACGACAUCUAGUUACAUCGAUGUAUCGAUAGUUUUUAGCCUGGCCAACCGAACCAAUGUUUAUUGUUAUAAAAUAAAUGUUAAAAAUAAACAAUUAAUCACUUAAUAUAAACAAAAACUAGUGCAAGCAGCAAGUGCGUUGUAAAAACAUCCCCCGUUCCUUAAUCUUACCUCAUUGCGGGUAUUAAAAAAACAGAACAACAAAAACGCCAGCAGUAGCAGCAGCAGCAACAACAACAAUAAGCAGGAGAUUCAGAUUCGCAACGCAAUCAAAAAAAAACGAAAAAAAAACUACAAGGCGAAACGCAUAAAUAAAUAGGGAAACAAAUAAUAGUAAUAAUAAGACUAAAAGCAAAUGGAAAAGUACGAAAGCGAAAAGAGAAAACAUAUGUACGUUGCGUGAGAGUGACGUGAGUGUGUGUGUGCAAGCGGGCGUACGAAAGAGAUAGAACUAUAGAGGGGAGGCAAGCAAAAACAAAAACAACAUCACAGCAUAAGCGAGACCUUGAAAACUUUAAAAGCAGCAGCAAAAACAACACACAAAAAUAUCAAAAAAAAAAAAAAAAAUCCAAAAAAACAAUAAGCUGAAAAUAUAUAUAAAAAAAAAGAAAAAAUUUUAACAACAAAUAUUUUUAUAUACAAUUUUAUAGAGGAGAGGAGCGUAGACUCUGUUAUGGAGAGUGACGAUUUUCAUUUACCGCAAGGCGCCAAUUAAAGGGGAAAAUCCAUAAAGUGAGGAUUGCAAAAGGAAUACAAAAAAAAGGCAAACACCACCCCCUGCCACCCCCCGGAAAAUUCAAAAUGGCAGCAGCAGAGGCGGGCAACACGGGCAGUACAGGCUCGACAGGAUCAGGAUCAGGAACGGGCAGCUCCUCGGAUCCUGCCAACGGACGAGAGGCUCGCAAUCUUGCCGAGAAACAGAGGCGGGAUAAGCUAAAUGCCAGCAUCCAGGAGCUGGCCACCAUGGUCCCUCAUGCAGCGGAAUCCUCUCGUCGCCUGGACAAAACCGCCGUCCUCAGAUUUGCCACCCAUGGCCUGAGACUUAUGUAUGUCUUUGGCAAAUCCGCAUCUAGGCGACGCCGAAAACCCAGCCUCAAAGGUUCUGGAUUUUCUGGUUCACCUGUCGGAGAUCUUCCCAAUCCCAGUCUACAUCUAACGGACACCUUAAUGCAACUGCUGGACAGCUUUUUCAUUACUCUAACCUGUAGUGGCCAAAUCGUUUUGGUCUCGUCCAGCGUGGAGCAACUAUUGGGUCACUGUCAAUCCGAUUUGUAUGGCCAGAAUCUGCUACAGAUCACCCAUCCCGAAGAUCAGGCCCUACUAAGGCAACAAUUAAUACCCAGAGAUAUCGAGACGUUGUUCUACCAGCAGCAUCCGCACCACCAACAGCAGGGCCCUAAUCCUCAACAGCACUCGACUUCCACAUCAGCGUCAGCAUCUGGCAGUGACUUGGAGGAGGAGGAAAUGGAGACGGAGGAACAUCGUCUGAAUGAGGAGCACCGUCAGCGAAGGGAGGAGGAGGAAGAAGAUGAUGAAGAUAACCCUUACAAUCGACGUACGCCAAGCCCACGGAGAAUUGCCCAUUUGGCUGCCAUUGAUGAACGCCUGCGUACCGAUCGGCGCUGCUUCACUGUCCGCGUGGCCAAAGCAUCCACGCGAGCGGAGGCCACGCGUCACUAUGAACGGGUUAAGAUUGAUGGCUGCUUUCGUCGUAGUGACUCUUCCUUGACCGGUGGAGCUGCUGCCAACUAUCCCAUUGUUUCCCAGUUGAUAAGACGUUCGAGGAACAAUAAUAUGCUGGCUGCAGCAGCAGCUGUGGCAGCAGAAGCGGCGACAGUACCGCCUCAACACGAUGCCAUUGCCCAGGCGGCACUUCACGGGAUCAGUGGCAAUGACAUUGUCCUAGUGGCCAUGGCUAGGGUGCUGAGGAAGGAGCGUCCGCCAGAAGAAACGGAAAGUCCGGUUGGCAUGACCAUUUAUAGGCAACCAGAACCCUAUCAACUGGAGUAUCAAACGAGGCAUCUAAUCGACGGCAGCAUCAUUGACUGUGAUCAGAGAAUUGGUCUAGUGGCGGGCUAUAUGAAGGAUGAGGUGCGAAACCUUAGCCCCUUCUGUUUCAUGCAUCUGGAUGAUGUGCGCUGGGUUAUUGUGGCUCUUCGGCAAAUGUACGAUUGUAAUAGUGACUAUGGCGAGAGCUGCUAUCGUUUGUUGUCCCGCAACGGACGCUUUAUCUACCUGCACACCAAGGGCUUCCUUGAUAUUGAUCGUGGCAGCAAUAAGGUUCACUCUUUCCUUUGCGUCAACACACUGCUCGACGAGGAGGCUGGUAGGCAAAAGGUGCUGGAGAUGAAGGAGAAGUUCUCGACAAUCAUUAAAGCAGAAAUGCCAACGCAAAGUAGCAGUCCUGACUUACCAGCAUCCCAGGCGCCGCAACAACUAGAAAGGAUUGUACUCUAUCUAAUAGAGAAUCUACAGAAGAGUGUUGAUUCUGGCGAGCCAGUUGGUGGACAGCCCAUUGAAAGUCUAAUGGAUGAUGGCUAUAGCUCACCAGCGAAUACAUUGACGCUGGAGGAGCUAGCACCUUCGCCUACACCUGCAUUAGCCUUAGUGCCGCCGGCUCCAUCUUCGGUCAAGAACUCAAUUUCCAAAUCGGUGAGUGUGGUCAAUGUGACAGCGGCAAGGAAAUUUCAGCAGGAGCAUCAAAAGCAACGCGAUCGAGAUCGUGAACUGAUCAAGGAGCAACGCAAUAAUCCCACACAGAGUGUCAUCCGGCAAUUGAGCAGUUGUCUAAGUGAAGCGGAAACUGCAUCCUGUACUCUAUCACCGGCCAGUAGUUUAAGUGCCGGUGAAGCGCCAGAUACGCCUGAUCCUCACAGCAAUACAUCGCCACCGCCGACGCUUCAUGCCCGGCCCAGUGUCCUGCAUCGGACCUUGACCAGUACACUGCGAUGACGGGCUAAUGGAUCGUGGUAUGCCUUCUAAUUGGGGUUGGAAAUGGACGCCAUUAGUAGCUCACAAAUGCACCUAUAACUAAGUAUCGGUAAUAUAAUCAAUCCAAGCCAAAUCGAAAGUGAAAACCCAAAAUGUAUCAGAAAAGUAAUGGAAAUUAAUCAAAUUUUAGAGCCCCAAAAUCAGGAUUUACAAAUGUUAUGGUUUCUCGUAUAUAUUCAUCCCAAGUUUUUACAACAGUCAUUAUAAUUUUGCACUUUAAUUUGUUUAUAUAAAACCUUGUCUUGCAAAUGCAAUUAAAAAUAUAAAAAUCAGAACUUGUAAUCAGCAGGGCUGUAAUUUCAUAUGGAAAUUCCCAUAAAAUCUGGUUUUUUAAACUCACUUCUUAACUUGUUCGAAAUGCUAUCAUUAUCAUAAACAAAUUUCUAUAUAUUAACAUAUCCCAGAAAAUAGUUUCAUUAAAGUUUACAAACUAUGA